AAAAUCAAGGCAAGCUCAACACUUUCUUCCAUGGCGAGCGCUUCGCUUCUUCAAAGCAACAUGGUUCAGCUGAACUCCGCUAACAACAAAAUUGCCACUUACAUUCACUUGACUUUUAUAUCUUUGAUCACUGUUUGCCUCUGCUUCUUCUUGUGCUUUAUUGUGGUGGUGCUCAGCAUCUUCUUCACCAGUCCACAUCUCCGGGAGAAUGCUCGUUAUAUCCUCUUUGUCUACAUGCUUGUGAAUGACACGUUUUAUCUCCUGUCUGGUUUCACUUUGAUGCUAGGUGCAAUAUAUUUCCUGUACAUGCCCGUACCGGUAUGCUUCAUUUUGUCCACAGUUUCAUCAAUGGGUUUUCGUGUGACCCCAACCACCCUGGCAGCCAUGGCACUAGAAAAAUACAUAGCCAUUUGUCACCCAUUACGUAAUAAGGACCUGUGCACCCCGCAAAGAACCAAUGUGGUUUUUACCCUCAUAUGUGCAGCACUGAUCAUUCCAAAUGCUGCUGACUUAGGUCUUAUGGCUUCAUCAUAUACAAAUAUAUUCAAUAUUUCUGUCGUAUGUAGAAAGGAAAACCUGUCUGUGAAUCCUUUUCAAAAUGUUUUAAGGUCCCUUAGUCUUGCAUUGUGUUUUGUUUUGGUGACCAUUAUCAUAUUAUUCACAUACAUCAAGAUCUCGAUGGUCGCUCGUAGAGUCAGCUCACAGUCUUCUAGUGCCUCCAAAGCCAAGAAAACCAUCUUGCUCCAUGGCUUUCAGCUACUAUUAUGCACAAUGUCUUUACUGUCAGCAUUCACUGAAGCUUUGCCUGCCAGUCAAGCCAUGUUUUUACCCGGGUUCAACUUCCUUGUGUUUAGUUGCAUGCCAAGGUUCCUCAGUCCAAUCAUCUAUGGAAUCCGGGAUGAAUAUUUGAGGAAACUUAUUAAGAAGUCUUUAACAAGACCUCCUAAAAACUAG